AUUCAAGGGAGACAGAGACUAGGAAAGAGAGGGAGAGAAAGAGGAAGCUGUCUUCUCAGGGGGGAAAACGUUGUGAGCUUCAACAUGGCCUCGCUGUGAUAUGUAUGACGUUGCUGAUCACUGGAGAUUCCGUCGUUAGUGCUGAGGCAGUAUGGGAUCACGUCACCAUGGCCAACCGGGAGUUGGCAUUUAAGGCUGGCGACGUCAUCAAAGUCUUGGAUGCUUCCAACAAGGAUUGGUGGUGGGGCCAAAUCGACGAUGAGGAGGGAUGGUUUCCUGCCAGCUUUGUGAGGCUCUGGGUGAACCAGGAAGAUGGAGUGGAGGAAGGCUCCAGUGAUGUGCAGAAUGGGCACCUGGAUCCCAGCUCAGACUGUCUCUGUCUGGGCCGCUCACUGCAAAACCGGGACCAGAUGCGGGCCAAUGUCAUCAAUGAGAUAAUGAGCACUGAACGCCAUUACAUCAAGCACCUCAAAGACAUUUGUGAGGGUUACUUGAAGCAAUGUCGAAAGAGAAGAGACAUGUUCAGUGAUGAGCAGCUAAAGGUGAUUUUUGGGAAUAUUGAAGACAUCUACAGGUUUCAGAUGGGUUUUGUGAGGGAUCUGGAGAAACAGUACAACAAUGAGGAUCCUCACCUCAGUGAAAUAGGGCCCUGCUUCCUGGAGCACCAAGAUGGAUUCUGGAUAUAUUCUGAGUACUGUAACAACCACUUGGAUGCCUGCAUGGAGCUUUCAAAGCUGAUGAAGGACAGUCGCUACCAGCACUUCUUUGAGGCCUGUCGCCUAUUACAGCAGAUGAUCGACAUUGCUAUUGAUGGUUUCCUUCUAACUCCAGUACAGAAGAUCUGCAAGUAUCCCUUACAAUUAGCUGAGCUCCUCAAGUAUACCUCCCAGGACCAUAGUGACUACAGGUAUGUUGCAGCUGCUCUGGCUGUCAUGAGAAAUGUGACUCAGCAGAUCAAUGAGCGCAAACGACGUUUGGAGAAUAUCGACAAGAUUGCCCAGUGGCAGGCCUCUGUCCUAGACUGGGAGGGUGAGGAUAUCCUAGACAGAAGCUCGGAGCUGAUCUACACUGGGGAGAUGUCCUGGAUCUACCAGCCAUAUGGCAGAAACCAGCAAAGGGUCUUCUUCCUGUUUGACCACCAGAUGGUCCUCUGCAAAAAGGAUCUAAUCCGGAGAGACAUACUAUACUACAAAGGUCGCAUUGAUAUGGAUAAAUAUGAGGUCAUAGAUAUUGAAGAUGGCAGAGAUGAUGACUUUAAUGUCAGCAUGAAGAAUGCCUUCAAGCUUCACAACAAGGAAACAGAGGAGAUACAUCUGUUCUUUGCUAAGAAGUUGGAAGAGAAGAUACGCUGGCUCAGGGCUUUCAGAGAAGAGAGGAAAAUGGUACAAGAAGAUGAAAAAAUUGGCUUUGAAAUUUCUGAAAAUCAGAAGCGGCAGGCUGCAAUGACGGUGAGAAAAGUCUCAAAACAAAAAGGUGUCAACUCUGCCCGCUCAAUUCCUCCUUCAUACCCACCACCACAGGACCCAUUAAACCAGGGUCAGUACCUGGUUCCUGACGGCAUCGCUCAGUCACAGGUCUUUGAGUUCACCGAACCCAAGCGCAGCCAAUCACCAUUCUGGCAAAACUUCAGCAGGUUAACCCCCUUCAAAAAAUAAUACAUUCAGAGAGGCAGAUAAAUUUUAAAUAAAAUACAUAAAGUUAUAUUUAUAGGUGGAUCUGUUUUUGGAAAAGCAUUGUUUAAAUAUAUAUAUGUAUAUGUAUACAUAUAUAUAUAUAUGUGUGUGUGUAUAUAUAUAUAUAGUGAGAGAGAGAAAGAGAGAGAGAGCAUAAAAUAUUUUCUUGGGUUUUUUUGGGGGGGGAUCAAAUCUGUAAUUUGUAGGAAAAUGUACCAAUGACAUACAAGCAAAUGAACCCUUCUUCAAAGUUUUCCAUUCUUAAUCUAUUUCCCUCCCAUUUACUCUUAGAAAUGAACGUUCUCAUUUGCUCAUUUUUGUUACUGCAAUUAUAUCUUUGCUCCUCUGUUAGUGAUUCACUGAAUUGUCAUUAUUAUCAUAGAUGUAUUUGUACUGUGUUUUUUCUGAUGAAAUUGAUGCUGAUUACUCUUUAACUUGUUGUAGGGAAGUUUGGAGCUUAUUUUUGCCUUUUAUUUUCACUGGGUAAAGGGAGGAUCCCAUGUCUCCUCUGUCAGCUGACCAUCUGAAAAUGUUUCUGAAGCCCUGCAGUUAACCUAAAUAAAUAGCCUUUUUCCUGCAUCUUAUGUCUGUAGUCAUGCCAGUCUGGACAUGCUAUGUUGUACCAUAUGGCAUAAAUGCUCGAUAUUUCUAUUGUUUUAAUUGUAUUUUAGGUAUUGUAGAGGGACUGAAACCAAACAAAAGCAAGGGAAUGGCAGAAUAUAAAGAUGCUGGAGAAGACUUAUGUGUAGGGAAAAUUCUGCAUUUGGACUGAUGCCUCUAUCACUGGGGGUUCCUUCAUUGCAGCACUGUUGAGUCAUGACAGCUUUGUAACUUGAGUUUAUUUGGGGCUGAUUAUUUCUCUUCUAUAAGCUGUUUUGGUGUCCCUUUUAGGCCUAUCCAUCCUCUAACUUAGAAUAUGAGUGUGAAGUAAAAAGGCUAAGACUGCCUGUCUCCUUGGGGCAAUACAUAACUGUCUCUCAGUAGGGAGCAUGAAGUAAGUCUAAGUGAGGGUUCCUUACCUCAGUCAGUCCAGGGGUUAUGUCUAGCCUUGUUUAUAGGUAUCUAUAGAAAGUUUCAAGAUAAAACCCACAUUACCAUGGUGAUUGGCACCUUUCAAAAGUAAUGUGACCUGGACAGAAUGCAAGACUGAACUCAUAUAGUAAAGAUCAGGGACAAAGGACAUGAAGAGACAGCCUCAGCCAAGGAAGUAUACCUGCGGUUCUUCAAUUAUAAGAGUUACAUAAUUGUUAACAGAUUGCAUGAACAGUUAUCAACUUCAUCCUUUUUUCCCCUGUCUUCCUUCCUUCUCCUUAUUUUCUUGCACAGGAGGAUUGCUGGCACUUCUGACAUUUGGCAAAUGUUUUAUUUCUGACAUCCUAUCAUCUUAGGACAUUUAAUGAAUGUGAUGGGGCUUCUGAACAAAGUUUCUGAGUCAGGCUCACUUUUGACAACGUAUCCACAUGGGCAAAACUAACUUGCAGUAAGAGUCAGUUUCUAUAUGGGUAAGGGGAUACCUAUUUCUACUCUUCGCAUUAUCCCUUGGUGAAUAGAUUUUGAACAGCAAGAAUAAAAUAUAAAUGAGUUAGAUUAGGCCCUACUAUGAAGUGUCACUUUAGUGAGGAAUCUGAAGCUUGACUGAUUUCUCAUCUUAUGGGAGACGAUCAUGAAUGCAACUCAGUUUGCUGACUAGCAGCCAUAGCUGCAGAGACUCUCAGCAAAGCUGGUUUGGUUAAUGUUCUAUGCCUCCUAACAUAUCGUAGGCCCCGGCCAAGCUGGAAAUUCUUCUCUAUGUUAAUCAAAUUAUAAAAUGUUUAAGCUUCCAUUUCCACAAUACUCAGAGUUGUGGAGUAAACCAAGUAUAAGCCUGAGCUGGUCACCUUUGAUCUUCACAUGACCUAAGAUCUCUUGGCAGGAAAUAAUGGGAUGAAACAAAAUAAAAACCAACUCUAAUGCCUAAACUAAGAAAACCUUUUAAUAUAACAGAAUGUGUUUUAGUGACUAUGUAGGACUCCCUUGAGUAUGCUUUCUUUUCUUACUUUCCACUUCUCCAAACAACACUUGUUCUCUGCAUGUUCCUUUGGAAACUUUAACAUCUCUUUAGUAGCUCCCUUGACAACCUCUACCCAUCACCCUGCUCUUCUCAGCCUGUACCAGAGCUCCAGAAUCAGGGAUAUCAUCUCUCAAUACCCACUCCACAGUCAUUCAAUCCAAUGACAUCAACAAGUACCAAUAAUUUGUGAAAACAACAAGAAAUCAGUGAACCAUCUGAUACCAUGUUUUCUAAGUCUAUGUCACCAAUGCAGAUCAGUCGUCACUAAUCCCAAGAGAAGCAUUUUUACCUGGGCUUAAGAUCUCAACCAGCACAGUGGUCCCAACAAAAUGCUAUCCCCAAUAACUGUGUAAAUCUCCUGUUUCUGCAUGACUAAAUUCCCUUUCCUUAACUUAAUGAGACCUGGAUUUCUGCUCCCAAAGGCUUUACUAGUGUGUUCUACGGGCCUUGCUGUAGGAUCGUCCUAACUUAUACACAACUCCCUCUCCCUCUCUCCCUGUCUCUCUAUGUGUAUUUCUCUAAUGGAUUUAUAAGGAUAACAACAAGAGAAUUCUAACAAGUCUAGUGUGAAGCCAAAUAGUGAUCUUUUAGUACUUAGGGAAUUGAGUGGGCUGGGGUAGGUGGAUGGGCAACAGUGAUUUUGAUUACCCCUGCUGCUCUGCAUAUGCUGGUUUACUAUUAUGUUUCUUCUGACUUUUUGACUCUGCAAACAAGUGUUAGAUUAUGUGUUAUAAAAUGUUUAACAACAAAAAAAGAUGUUGUAAUGACACAAAGCCUUAUGAAAAUAUUUAUGAAGUUCAAUAAAAGGAGAAAAAUGCAACUUUA